AUGAUUCAAGAUGCGGAGUUCUGGAUGGAGGCGCGGCGCAAGCACAACGGGGGGGAUGCCAUAUUCACCGCCAUGUUCCCGCUGCUGCACGCACGGCAAGUGGCCCUUGACUCCGGUGCGGAGGUAGAUGAAGAUGAAAUUUGCCGUGACAUUUCUAUCGCUUCUCCGUUUGCCCACAAACCAACUAGGAAUGCGUCAUUUGAAGAGGAUGAAGGUGUGCACCCUGGAUACUCUAACGGUCGCGGCAAAACGGUUUCUACAAGUGUAAUACGGGUCAUGCAACAAAUUUUGAUGUUUGCAGUUCCACUUUAUUCACUGCGGUAUAACAUUCCCGCCAUGUCAAUGUCAUUACGAACUAGCUGUGUUGUGGAUAGAGCAUCGAAAAACAUCAAAACAUUUGGGACCGGUGAGGGGGUGAAGGUGCCGAAACACCUAAAAUGCCGAGGUUGUGUUGCCACAGACGACUUUUUUGCCAUCUUAACGGAUGAAGAUGAAGUAUGGGUGUCAGGUGGCAUGAAUGUGUUGGUGGUUGACAACGGAAAGUGCAAGUCAGGAACGCUUGGAAAGAAGGACUGUAUGUUCAAGGUUGUGGAAAGUGCCCUCAUGGUGGCAGGACAUGGAUCACGUCUUGCCUGCCUAACACGGGCAUUCAUUGUUCGACCGCUCUCCAUUUUGUCAAGCAACGUGAAGUCGGUCAUUCCAUCUCGCCCUGUUCGAUUUUUGGAUUUGGGAUAUGUAGACGAUUAUUACAUGGUUGGAACAGACUCUGUGCUCUAUAAAACACUUGCGUCUAAGCGCGUUGUUGGAACUCCACGUCGUGUUAUGACAUUAGUUCGAACACCGGUCUCGCGUGUUGCAUGUGGAAACGGAUUUUGUCUAGUUAUUGAUCAAAACGGUCACUUGUACACGUUGGGACGGAAUAAAAAAGGUCAAUUAGGUAAUGGGCAGCAGUACAAUUCGCGUCGCAAACCGUACCUUCAUAGAAAUUUUUUUCAUCACUUUUUUGUGAUGGUUGCGGCGGGGGAUGCACAUUCGUUAGCCCUCACAAGUAGUGGAGUUGUUUACGCUGCAGGUAACAAUGAAAGUGGUCAGCUUGGAUUGGGGGAGACAAUAACUGAGAUGUUGCGUUUUACUCCAGUCCAAUUGCCGAGCAAAUGCGUAGGGAUAGCAGCGGGACCAGCAGGUAGUAUGUUUGCAUGUGAAGAUGGUCAUGUGUAUGCUUCUGGGCUGAAUGUUCACCGGCAGCUUGGAGUGGAUUCAUCGCUUCACAUUGUUUACACCCCCACUUCCAUUCCAGAGAUAUCAAGCGGUGUGGAGGCGUACACCAUGGACUUUGGCCCUGCUUACGUACCCAGCGUCAUUACAAGGCUUGCAAGGGAGUCGCCUGGUAUGCAGAAUAAUUCAGAGGCCACCUCAGAUGCGAAGGAACUCAUCCUGCCGGAACAUCCAUCUCUACUGCGAGCUGCUGUAAUGACGGAUUUACCGCGACUUGAGGCAGUUGGACGGGGCGAGGUUCCGAAAAAGAGGAAGAAGAAAGCGUCAUGUAUGAAGUGUUGUGUGACCGUGUAA